UGCCCCGCGCCGCCCCAUUGCACCCUCCCCGCGGGCCGUUGCGCAUGCGCGGCGCUGCGCGUUGGCGACGUGGAAGGCCGGACGCGGGCGGUGUCUGUGGGAUUCGCAUCCUGUCUGGAAAAGCUCCUUCAGGAGGUUUGGUACGUUCCUGCAGUCUUGCCUCUGACAAAACAUUGUGAGUGAGGGGAGAGAGGUAAAUAAGAGAAGAAAUGAAGAUUUAGACACCUAUUUGCCAAACAAAGAAGAUGGGAGCAAAUAGCAGCAGCAUCAGUGAGCUUCCAGAAAAUGAGUACUUAAAAAAGUUAUCAGGUGCAGAGCCCAUCUCUGAGAAUGACCCGUUCUGGAAUCAGCUGCUGUCUUUUAGCUUUACCACUCCAACGAACAGUGCUGACUUAAAGCUCUUAGAAGAAGCCACAGUCUCAGUCUGCAAGUCUUUAGUCGAGAAGAAUCCUCGAACAGGAAACCUUGGGUCCUUGAUUAAAGUCUUUCUUUCUAGAACCAAAGAGUUAAAAAUUUCAGCAGAAUGUCAGAAUCACCUCUUUAUUUGGCAGGCUCACAAUGCACUGUUUAUUAUUUGCUGUUUGCUGAAAGUAUUCAUCAGUCGAAUGUCAGAGGAGGAGCUGCAACUUCAUUUUACUUAUGAAGACAAAGCACCAGGCUCAUACGGAACAGAGUGUGAAGACCUCAUAGAAGAAUUGCUGUGUUGCCUUGUCCAGCUCAUUGUUGAAAUUCCCCUCUUAGAUAUUACAUACAGCAUUUCUUUGGAAGCUGUGACAACUCUCAUCGUCUUCCUCUCCUGCCAGUUAUUCCGCAAAGAAAUUCUGCGGGAGAGCAUCAUUCACAAAUACCUGAUGCAUGGCCGAUGUCUCACAUAUACCAGCAGACUUGUGAAAACUUUGCUAUAUAAUUUCAUUAGACAAGAAAGAAGCCCUCCUCCGGGGACCCAUGUCUUUCAGCAGCAAAGUGAUGGAGGAGGACUGCUUUAUGGAAUUGCAUCUGGGGUGGCAACUGGCCUGUGGACAGUCUUCACACUUGGCGGGGUGGGCAGCAAACCAACGCCCCAGCUGGAGCAGUGCUCCCCUCUGGCUAACCAGAGCCUACUGCUGCUGCUGGUCUUGGCCAAUCUCACCGAUGCUCCAGAUACGCCGAAUCCCUACAGGCAAGCUAUUAUGUCCUUCAAGAAUACCCAAGAUAGCACUGCUUUUUCAUCAUCAAAUCCACACGCUUUCCAGAUUAAUUUUAACAGUUUAUACACAGCUUUGUGUGAUCAGCAGAAAUCUGAUCAAGCAACUCUUCUUUUAUACAUGCUUCUGCAUCAAAAUGGCAAUGUACGGACAUACGUGUUGGCACGAACAGACAUAGAAAAUCUUGUCCUGCCAAUUCUUGAAAUUCUGUAUCAUGUUGAAGAAAGGAAUUCACACCAUGUUUACAUGGCUCUUAUCAUUCUGCUGAUCCUUACAGAGGAUGAUGGCUUCAACCGAUCCAUCCAUGAAGUGGUGAGUUGUUCUUUUGGUAAAUAAUUCUUCAGCUGUAAAAAUGGUUUAAAUCUUCAUUUUUAUAAAGAUAUAUUGGUAUAUGUGUUUCCUCAGCAGAGGCUGUAUGUGUUCAUCCAAAUUUGAUGACAUAUACAUAUUUCUUUCAUGAGGACUAGCCCGAAGUUAGAAGAAUCAUUUCAAAACUUUCCAGAUGAACAAACUCAUUCCCUCUUGUAGAGGAGGUGCUGCAUGUACCUCUUUUUCUGUCUUUUCUUGUGUUUCCUGUUACAAAUUAAUGUAAUAAUAGUCAGGCAGCUGUCUCAAAGAUGCUGAGUCUUUGCCAUGAAAGUAGAGGGGCUAAGUGA